AAAAAAUUUUGUUUAGAUCUGAAUUUAAUGAGUUUUAGAUCUUGAAGUUUCCAAAAUUCUAAUAAUAACAGUGGAACCGUUGAAUUCUAAAAAUUAAAUUAAAUUUUCUAGAAAAAGGCAUAUAAAAAAUUUAUGUAAAUAUUGACAGCAAUUUAUUUAACUCGACAAUGGUAAAAAGUCUGUGUUCUCAUUUUAUUCAUUAUUUAUUUGGGUUACUUCCAUGUUACGAAUUGUCCCGGGAGUUAAAGGGGUGGGGGAGAAAGACGUCAGCAACUUCCUCAGUGCAUAGUUGCGUGUUUUUUCGGUUUUUUGCGAAAUUUCGUGAGAGUGAGUUGCACGAAGCAAGGAGGUCAAAUCUUUGAAACGAAUGAGAAUUUGGGAAAUUGGGGGUCGUAAAGACAUUGCGGAGCCAGGAAAAAUCCCUGAACCUCAAGUGAUCACUACGCUCCGUGGCUGAUGAGCAUAUAGGGGAAAAAUAUGAUAUAUUUAUAUGACAGGGAGACUUAUUUACCAUUUAUUUAUAGAUUAGAAAGAGACAAGAGUUUUUAUCGACUCGAUUGAACCGCGAAGAAAGGUUUUUUUAUGUUUCCUUGGAUUAUAUCGUUCUGGAUAUUUUUAAAACAAUAUUUGCAAUGCCACAGAGAGCAUUUCCUGACCUAUGGCUUUGAUGAAGGUUUUAAUCGGGACGUAUUACAGAUUUAUCUCUAGGUGUGAUUGACUGAGAAAUCAACCUUUUCGUUCAUUUAUUUCUAAUAAAUUAUUAAAUUUGAUGAAUUGAACGUACGAGUGUCCGUUUACUGGCGCGACUGAAAAAUUUGUGUGUCGCAAUAUUUCAAGGUCUGAAAUUUUUUAACGAUUUUUCAUAAGGAAAAACUAUUGUUGACACCAACUGGCGAAACGCAUCAUCGCGGUUUAAUUUAACGGCUCAUAAACUGCACGGCAUUAAAGCUCUCUACGUUACCCAUUAAAAAACAUUUUUUUUUUCACCCAUUCGUGAGUCGACUUGUAAUAUCCUGCGUAAUUACUGACUAGUCGGAAUCUAAUAGGCGAACUGAGUGAAUAAUGCAGUAAUGUAAUGUCAGCAUUGAGGUCUGUUAACAAUUCAGGGGGUGCCCAUUAGGGGGAUUAUAAUUAACCAGACCCAACGAAAAAUGCAACAGCUGUUAUUGAUCGGCUUUGUUGUGUGGAAAUACCGGGAAACGAUAUCGAUUUGUAGUCGAGUAACACGAGGUACUGGUGAACCUGUCAAUGUAGGAAUAGACCGUUGUAAACAAACAGAUGGAGAGGGAAAUAUUCUAGGGAACAAGGGGAGUAUUUUCACGUGAAGUGAAUACAAUUGAGAGGGAAAUUCUUCUUACCUGUGAUUUUGUUUGAAUUUUUCUCUCGCUGUGAUGCCAUUAAAAAUAAGACAUGACGUAUUCAACUCCUCGGAUCUGAGAAAUUUCAUCACACUGGUGAACUCAGUCCCCAGGUCACUGGUUUGUCGAUGUGCGCAGACCUUCCCCGCGGUUUGACUCUAAUAACCGCGAUUAUUUCAAGUCUCCACCGAGUUGUUCAAUGUAGCGGAAGUAAUACCCAGAGGUGGUGGAGCUCUUUUUUCCCAAUACCCUUCCCCUUUAUGAUUUCAUUAAAAACUCCGAGAUUUUUAAUUAAUAAUUCAUUACAGUGGAAAGAUGCUGAGAUGCACGAUGUGAAUGUGCUUCCAACGAACGGAAGAGACGGGAUGAAGAGGAAGUGUAAAAAACCCACGGGCUCUGCGGAAAUGGACGAGAGCUGCCUGAAACUUUCCGCUGGACCGACAUUUGUUCCUUCUCACCGCGACGAUCUCAUAAUUCUCUCAUAUCUUCGAUUCGGUUCCUCGUAUUUCACGCUAAGACACCAUCAGGAUUCAUCGCCAAUAUUUUUCAGAGGCUCAGCGCAAUUCACUACCACAGCUGAACUACCUCCAACAAGGUGAAUGGAUUCUCCCUGUCUCAGAAUCUGAAAGUGCACUCGAAGAAUGUCAUCUGUUGGGAGCACGUGUGAGGAUGUACCAACUUCCUCGAGGAGGCUAGUAAGAACGAGAUGUGAGGGGUGUCGGUUUUUGGGAAUAUCUUAGUGGCGAACGGAAAAAUAUGAGAUGAAAUUGAUUUGAGAUUUCUGCGGGUGUUUUAUUGAUUUUGUGAGGUGAGUAGGUGCAGUUCAAAUGAUUUUUUGUUGUGGUGAUGAUAAUGGAAUGGUAGGAUGAUAUGUGUAGACUCGAUUGACGUGAUAAUUCGGGGUGAAAUACACUAAUACAAUCGUUCAACUAUUAGGUUUAUGAAAUGAAAAUUGGAUGAAGGCCAAUUGUAAGUUCCAAGAAACGAGUUUCUAGACAAAUUUUGGUGGAGAUAAUAAAUAAUAAUCCGAUUGUUGUGAUAUUUGGACACGUGUUCUAUUCAUUUUAGACCGGAAAAUAUUGUAUAGUUCUAAUUAAUAAUAUUGGCAUUUUGGUAAUAAAAAAAUUAAAUAUAAAAUAUUAUAAUAAUAUUCCACUUCUGUAUAAUAAUAUUUUUUCUAGAACAUUUUAUGAUGUGACAGGCUAUAAAUUUAAGAUAUUGAUAUUCAAUAAUUGGUUUUCAAUCAAUCAAUUAUCCUCUGACGGACAUUGAAAUAGAAAAAAAUACUAUACCCUCAAUAAAUCCUUUGCUAACGCUUCCUCCGUUACAAAAAACCGAGGAAAUCAGGAGAAACGACUUUCAAUAGAAAAAAAAUGAGGGAAAAUCAAGUUCCAAAGUGACGCUCAUACAAUCGGUAGUUUGUGAGAACAAUGCGACACUUUGUGCACAGUAUGGAUGCGGUAGUUUCAGAGGGGACAAUUUUUCCAGUGAAAAAAAAAAGGAAAAUGUGUACGAGAAGAAGAGUCUAUACCCAAUGACAACGGGGGUUUCAUCCUCCACUUUCGUCCCUUCGUGCCGAUCGAAUAUCGGAAAAUCUAGUUUUUGCGUUCACCAAACUACAAGCCACUCGCCAAACAAAGUUUUCAAUCUAUCCUCACCACCCCUCCCCCUUCUAUCACCGCCGAAAAACACCAGAAAGAGAGAAAAAGUGUCUUAUCAGCACAUAAUUUUCUGAUUUAUUUUUUCCACUUUAAUUACACUUCAAGUCCCUGGAAAUCACGUUUUUUUGGUAAAUAAACCUCUGCAACUCAUCAAUUUUUCCUCUCCCACUUCACGAUUCACCGGAUUUAUGUUGAAUGUGCAAUCGAAGUGAUUUCUAUAGAGUAUCAACAGAAGUUGACGGAGUAUUUCCCUCUCCGCAGCCCUAGUAAU